AUGCUGUGGCCCCGGAUGUACCGGCGCCAGAGCCCACCCAAGUGCCGCCUACUACCAGUUUGGGCGGCGGUGACGCUAGACGUGCAGGAGCUCAGAGUGAUGUUCCCGGGUCGGACGAUGGAUCGCAACCCCAUCAACCUGGGAGUGACCAAAGUGCGGGCGACCCGCACAGUGGCGGGGGAUCUACCACUCGGGCGGAGUGGGCCUGGGACCAGAGCGCUGCCUCCACGGGGCCUGAUGGAGGCGAGCGCUGGCAGUCUGCGAGCGCAGGUGCGGGACAAGCUAGCGAUAGGCGCGGCAGCUGGAGCACAGCGGCUGAUGUCGGUGGCUCACACCACGGACGUGAUCCAUGGACGGACAGCGACCCUUGGAGGGCCGCCCAGCCGCGAGAUAGCCACGAGAACCUCACCCGGUGGAACGAUUCCCUCACCGGGUGGAACGAUCGAUGGGAUCCGAGCGAACGGCGAGAUGGACGAGGAUGGCGACCUGAUCCCUGGGCGGAUGGUCGAGACGGGGACUCUCGACAUUACGAUCAGCCGGACCAUCACCGCAGUCCCUGGGCAGAUGGUCGAGACGGAGCUGCUCGACACCAUGAUUGGCAAGCCGGAGGCCCGGGCAGAGCGCGGUUACACGAUCAGGAUCUACGACGAGGUGAUGCCUGGGGCGACGACCACGGCGACCAUCGGUCUGGAGCAACGUGCGGGCUCAGGACAUCCACGGGAUGGGAUCAUGCGCAUGAUCAGUGGCAAGGAUGGCAACCUCGUGACGACUACGGCUUUGAUGGAGGCCGUGGAGAAGGGAGUGCCUACGGCGUACGGGAGGCCCUCAGAAAAGCUGGCGGUGCCCACCUUCUCCGCCGAGGACACCGAGGAUUUUGGGGGGUCAGCCAGGUCGUAUUUGAGACAGGUCUCCGCAUGGAGACAGAUGACCCUCUUACCGGAGAGUCAGCAGGGCUUGGUGUUGUACCAAGGUCUCUCCGGGAAGGCCUGGAUCGCUGCCGAGGAGCUCUCCGUGUCGCGCUUGGGCGAGGAGAGCGGAAUAGAUUACUUCCUUUCCUGGAUUUGCGCGAGAUUCCUGGACUUGGAGGUCGCUCGUAUCGGCAAGGCCUUCUCCGACUACUUCCGUCGCAUGCGUCGCCGACCUGGUCAGUCGAUCCGCGAGUACAACACUGAGUACGACAGGCUCUUCGGCCGCUUGAGGGAGGUGGGAUGUAACCUCCCACAGGAGGCCGCGGCGUGGAUGUAUCUGGAUCGUCUUCAACUCGAGGAGUCCCAGGAGCUGAACUUGCUGGCCUCUGUGGGAAACAGGUACGACUUGCUUCGUCUCCAACAAGCAGCGAUCUUACACGACAGGGGGCAAAGGAAGCCUUGGGAAGCAGCGAAUGCCCGCAACAAGAAGGCGAACUACGCGCACGUGACCUACCACGAGGAGGACAGCGACCUGGACGAGGAGGGCGGAGAUGAAGGCAUCCCUGAGGAAGUCGCGGAGGCAUGGGUCACCUACCAGUCGGCAAAAGACCGUUACCGGUCCCAGCAGCGCGCAAGGGGCUACAAUGGAGAGGGCGGCGACAAGGGCACCAAGGCUGGGGCGCCCGAUGGCGAGAAGGACCGCGGCGAAGGCCGCGACUCGGGCCGCGAAGCGAAGCUCAAAAUGAUGAAGGCGAAGAGUUUCUGCAGCGGCUGCGGCCGCAGAGGCCACUGGCACAAGGACGAUGCCUGCCCUUUGAACCAGGGCAACGGAGCGGCCACCAAGGGCGAGAGCCGUGCUCAGGAGGUCGCGAUGACCACCGUGCUCCCUGCUGAGAUCUUCGCUUUGAGGCACGUGUUGAACACCGAUCUGGUCGGGGUCGCAGACACAGCCUGCGCCAGGACCGUUGCCGGAACCCAGUGGCUGCAGGCGUACACGGACAAGAUUGCCGAGCUCGGACAACGUCCCGUACUUCAACGGGAAGCCGAAGCUUACAGGUUCGGCACGGGAAAGAUCCACUACUCCUCCUUCUAUGUGGUGGUGAACUUCGAGCUCGGGGACUAUGUUCUACAGGUUCGCACGUCGAUCAUAACCGGCGACAUCCCGUUGCUGCUCUCAAGGACUGUCUUGGGCAAAAUGGGCAUGGUGUUCGAUGUUGAGGGCGGGAGUGCUGACUUCAAAAAGCUCGGCUUAUACAACUACAAGCUCUUGAACACCCCCUCAGGGCACCCUGCGAUCCCAAUUGUUCCGGCAAAGGCCGUGAGCGCGGCACCAGUCCUGCAGGUAGAGGACAUCCGACUGCAGCCCAAGGAGCAAUACAUGUCCGUCUAUGCAGUAGCCCACAGUCCUCAUAGCACUCCCCGCUACACUGGCAUCUUUCAUGAGAAGAAGCUUGACCCCAGUGUGAAAGAUUUGCUCAGUCAGGAUUGCUUGCAGCUUGACACGUUCAUGACAUGGUGGCAGCAAACACCCCACGACAAGGACUUUUGGCUAGAGACCCCUGAUGCUUGGAUUCGUGUGCACGUUGUACCUCGGAGGGCAAUGUUCAACCCAACCACAUGGAGAACCACCAGUACAAUCCAGAAAGACAUGUUGAUUGCAACCCUCGGGCACACCCGCAUGACAGAGAGUGUUUGCUGCAGUUCAGGACGCUGGCUAGAAGGUACCGUAGACCACUGGGAGAGCUGCCUUCGUGAUGAACAAACUUUUCCGUUGCUCUGGGUUGGAAGAACAGUCCCUCCUUGUCAAUCGCAGCCGCGGCCGGUGGACCACGGAGCCCCAUGCGCACAGGAGGAGAAGCCGAAGGCCAUCAGCGCGAUGCGAAAGACGGAGCUCUUGGCCGAAGCGAACCGCCUCGGGAUGACCGUGCACCCGUCGUGGACCGUGGUAGAGCUGAAGGCGGUGAUACGCGAGCACAUGGAGGCGAACCAGGAAGGCGACGUAGCUCGGAAGAUGAAGAAGUUGAACUCGCUGACGUUGCCCGAGCUGCGUGCCAAGGCCAACGAGCUCCAUUUUGCGAUCCCCGAGAAGGCCAGCAAGGGCCUGAUCCUGAAGCUCGUCAGGGAGAGCCUCAACACGCCGGCCAACACCCUGAUGACCAUUGGCCGGUGGAGGGGAUGCGAGUACCAGGAGAUCCCGGCCAGCUACGGCAACUGGGCCAUGGAGGAGACCAGACGCUCGGACAACUCGCACCCCGACCUGAUCCGCUACGCCCGUUGGUACGAGCAGCACCUGAAGGAGAAGGCGGCCAAGACGAAGGUCCCGGACGACGAGUUCGAUUCCACCUACAAGGCGAUGCCCUGCCGGAACCCUGGCGGAUUCCUGGGAUGCGGCAUCGAUGGUGACCGCGCCGUUGUCGAAGAGCUCGAACGGAAAAGGGAAUGCCAAGGCGACGACGAAGCGGACCAACUACGAGCUGAAGGACAAGAGCGGCUACAUGGAGGCGGCCCCGGACGAGGCCGUGACGAAGGAGAUCGAGGCGCUGGAGUUGAGGUUGGCCCUGCUCAAGGACAAGGCCAGGAGCAGCCGGGAGUGAGCCAGCACGAGACCGGGACCCACCACUUGGAGCCAAAGAAAGAGAAUGCCCAUCGGGCAAUGUGUUGUGGUUGGGUACCCGAGCAAGAAAUGAUCACCGAGACCGAGUUUGUUCGCGGCUACCACAGUCAAGCCGUGAGCUACGUCACCCAGCACUACGAGCACAACGACCACAUUCGUGGAGAACGACAUCAAUUCGAUCAGGCCGUUCAUCGAGGCGGCUGCGGGAAGGACUUCGACUUGAGCGACUACACCUUCGCGAACUGCGAGAAACUCCUCGCAAACACCCUCCGCAACGAAGCCAACAACUUGAGGAGCAUCCACCUCGACUUGGGCGCCGAGGACCAGAUCUACGUGACCCUCGGCAUGUACACCCACGGAGGGGUCCACGGGGUGACGCGGGCAAGCAAAGAACUUGAUGUCGCCGUCCGCUACUUGAACCACUUCGGGCGACACCAUCUCCCCGACGAUGCUGCGUGGACUUCGAUCUCGAUAACACGAGACCUUGGAACCGAGCUACACAGAGACGGGAAUAACCUGAAGGGCACCUCCAACUACUGUGCGACCUUCGGCCAGGACUCCGGCGGGAAUCUAUGGCUAGAGGAGAAUGGCCUGAGCGAAGGGCAGGCCAAUGGGGGACACGUCCUUUGGAAACGAGACAAGAGCGGCGCAUGGAUACCCGGCCGAACUCACAGCACCAACAAGGCCUUCCUCGAGUUCGACCCGCACCUGCGACACUGCUCUACUCCCUGGAUUGGACAGCGAUGGUGCUUGACCUACCACUCCGUGAGGGGAAUUGCUACCUGUGGCAACGAGAUCAAGAAGUUCCUGAAGAACUCAGGCUUUCCUCUCCCCAAGGUCAGCAAAGGCCCCGGGGGAGAGACCAUGGUGAAGAAGAGGGCCGGCAAGUCCUUGAGGAACACGAUCAUGAAGAACGCCGGCAAGAUCAGCGUUCUCAUGGCCACGCUGAUGACCGCGGCCCUGGCCUUCUCCGGAAGUCUGGGAGGUGAUGGCCCCGACUACGACCCGAUAGUGAUGCUGGAGAUCGGUGGAACAGAGGGCACAGCAGAGGCGGUCGACCUUGGAAAGGCCGUCAUCGAACCGAUCUCUUGGCCGGACUACCUGAACCCGGACACCCAGGAGAACAUGUACCACUUCGUGACCGCGGAAGCCCCCGUUCGAAGUCUUGUACGUGACCAGCUUGAUGAAGGAGGAGAUGUGGUUAUCAAGGGGAGCAGGCUCGAGAUCUACGCCGAGCUCUACAAGGAGUACGUCCAGUAUAAGUCCUUGGAGGAGGGCAAAGGGAUGCUCCUGCUCGGGAAAGCGAAGAAGGGGCACCAUCUACUUGGAGGACAUGAGCGAGCUCACCAAGUGUGUGCCGUCGAAGAAGCAGACGGCGACAAAGAGAAGCGGACCAAGUACGAUGGGAGCGGCAUCACGUUCGAGACCGGCGUCCCUGGGCAUGUGAGCGCCUCACUAAGGCGCCUCCACCAGAACCUCGGGCACCCUCGCAAUGAAGAUUUGUGCCGCCACCUGCGCUUAGCAGGGUGCGAGCCGAGUAUCAUCAAAGCCGUCAAAGGGAUGAAGCGCGAAGCCUGCCAGGCAACGAAGGGGGCCCAGAUUUCGAGGCCGAGUACUUUGCCACGGCUCUUGGACUUCAACAUGUGCGUCGGGAUAGACAUCAUGUACGUCCACGACUCCGACGACGUGAAACACGCCUUCCUGAGCAUCGUCGACUGGGCCACCACAUACCACGUGGUUGCCAGGCUGGAGCGUGAAGCCGGACCAGAUGUGGAGAAGGCGGUCAACGACAUGUGGAUCACGCCAUUUGGUCCGCCUUCGACCUUCUCCAUCGACCUUGACGGCAAGGUGCAAGCCGGAGUCGCAAGGCUGUGCGACUGGCACGGCAUCAAGACCAAGGAUGUCGCAGCCCAGGCCAAGUGGCAGGGCGGGAUCACUGAGAGGCAAAUUGGCUGGUUCAAAGGGAUAUGGGACCGCGUGAACUACGAGCUUGGCAUCACCAAGGACGAAGUCGAAGUUGCCGGCACUCUGGUUUGCGCGGCAAAGAACGAGCUUCGCAGGAGGUGCGGUCAUUCGCCAGUCCAAUGGGUCUUCGGUCGCUCCCCGCAUCUACCGCUUGAGCUCCGUGACCCUGAUGGAGAAGAAGGCGUUUCAUGGGACCUCACCCCGGACUCGAAGUUCCAGAGGAUUUCCGCUAUCCGGGCCAGCGCUCGGGUCGCCUUCCAUCAAGCCCAAGGCGACGACCGCUUGCGCCGGGGGCUCAUGCAAAGGGCAAGGACAGCCAAGCAGGACUACGACAUCGGCGACCCCGUGCACUACUGGAACCAGCCGAAGGACCGGAGAAGACCGCACUGGGCAGGGCCAGCCGUUGUGGUCGGCAAGCAAGGCAGCAGCUACUGGGUAUCACGUGGAGGUAGAUGCCGGUUGACGGCACCAGAACACCUACGAAGCUCUGGACCUGAAGAGCUAGGCGAAUACCUGGCGAUGAAGGGGGUGAAGAAAGAAGUCGAGCGCCUACUACAAGAAGACGUCGACGACCCGGAGGUCUUCGAUGGCGAGAUUCCGAAUGACCACCUGAGCGACUAUGAGCCCAGCAUCUUCAACGAGGAGCCCGAGCACGACGCGGUCAUGCUCGAUGGUGAUGGAGACCAUCACAUGGAACAGCCGGACCCACCGGACCCGGCCACGGCAUCUACUACACCUCCGGCCUUCCGCAUCAAGCGCAAGACCCGCCCCGUGAACGAGGACAAGCAGGCCGACGAAGUGAUGAUGUUGAAGAGGGCGAUGACCACAAGAGGCCAGGCCAAAAGACAAGAGAAGGAGCUAAAGUGGUCCGAGAUCCCUGAGAGCGCCAGGGAGAACUUCAAGAACGCCGAGCGCACCCAGUGGGAGGAGCACAUUUCCUACGACGCCUUGGAGCCACUUUCACUUCAGGAGUCACGGAAGAUCCGCGCCACCGUUGACGCAUCCCGGAUCCUGCCAUGUAGAUGGGCCUACCGCGACAAGAACUGGGCAGCGAGACAGGCCUGGCUGUCGGGCGGUCAAGACCGAGGAGAAGAACCAGAGUGGAAGUGUAAGAGUAGACUCGUCAUCGGAGGCCAUCGCGAUCCCGAUCUUGGAAUCGAGAACCUGAGCACGGAUGCGCCCACACUCUCGAGGCCAGGAUUCUCCUGUUUGAUGCAGCGUUUGGCGAACGGUCUACGGGAGCCCGAUCCUUGGCAGGCUUCAGCCGGAGAUAUACAGUGUGCUUUCUUGACUGGGGGAUACAUCAGCCGUGAGGAGCCGUUGUAUCUGAGUCAGCCCACCACAGGGCUACCCGGCUUAGUGCCGGAGCAGCUGGUCCUCAUCAAGAAAAACAUCUUCGGACUGGCAACCUCGCCGAGAGAAUGGUGGCAGGACCUCCAGAAAGGGAUUUUUCAGGUCCACCUCGAGAUCGACGGCAAGGACUACGCCUUCGACCAAUGCCCCCUUGACCCGUGCAUCUUUAUGCUGCGAGAGAUGAAGGACCACCGCUUCAUCGGCGAGCCCAUUGGCUACCUCGGGACCCAUGUGGAUGACAUCCUGAUUGUGGCCAGCGGCACAACCAGCGAGAUGAUUCGCAAGAGUCUCUCUUCUGCUUUUGCGAUAGACCGCUGGGACAUUGGGGACUUCAGUUAUGUGGGGUCCGAAAUCUCCUGCGGGGGGAAUGAGGUGACGGUUACCCAGACCAAGUACGUCGAGAGCCGGCUCUUUCUCCUCGAGAUCCCUCGGCACCUAUCUGAUGAAGAGCCGGCAAGCUUCGAAUUGAGGACUGACAACCAAAGCCUCAUAGGGGCUUUGAGCUGGCUUUCGGCCCAAACCCGGCCAGACUUGACGUGCAGCGUCAGUCUUGCGCAGCAACUGCAGAAGAACCCCACGAUAGGGGACGUCCGCUUCACAAACCAAGUCUCCCAGCGGGCGACCAUGUACAAGGAUCGUGGACUCACCUUCAAGCCCAUCGAGGAGGAGUACUUCGGGAUCCUCGUCUACCACGACGCCGCGUGGGCGAAUGCGCUCGAGGCUGAGCACGAUGAGCCCUACUUCGAGCUCACUGCUGAGGACCGAGAGGCCGGACUCCAGAGAGAAGGGCCCUUCGCGGAGAAGGCCCGCAAGGCCAAGAGAAUCAACUCCAAGGUCGCCUCGCAGCUCGGCGGACUCACUAUGUUUGCGGACAUGCGAAGCCUGAUCGGAGUGCCGAGCAAUGCUACGAUCGGCGACUGGCGCUCGAAGGCGGGUCAGAGAGUCUGCAGGAGUACGUUUGGAGCCGAGACGCAGGCCUGCGUCGAAGGGGUAGAAGGAGGACAGUACCUACGGUCCUUCUACGAGACUGUCAAGACUGGCGAGCUGGUCACCGUUGACAAAGCCCGCUCACCUCUACUUUGCCUGAGCGACUGCAGAUCCCUCUACGACCACGUGCACAAGGAGGGGGUACCGAGAGUGCCUACGGACCGGCGGCUAGCCAUCGACCUAGCCGCUCUUCGCCAGAACCUGAGAGCUGAGCAAUGGAGCACAAAGUUGCCGCUCGGUUGGGUCCCGAGCGGUCUCCAGUACGGAGACAUUUUGACCAAGCCCAGCGAUCCGAAGGAUUGGUGGGACAUGAUAAGCACGCCUCUCGUCGUGCCAAUCGACAUUGGAGAGGUAACCCGUGCCAGUAGUUAUUUUGGAGAGAAGAAGACCAGUGUGAAGCACCAAGAUCGUAUGUCAUCCUGGAUUAACGAUUGUAGACUGCGCACUGCUGUUUGA